CAUGUCGCCUCGCAUCACCAUCAGCGCUUGACAGCUGUCGCUUUUUCGUCGUCGGGACGAAAUUUCUCUCGAAAACGACAAACUACGCGAAAGAAAUCUUACGGUGCAGUGCAAGCAAACCGAGGAAAAAUAUGUUUGGUGAAAAUUCCCCCUAACUGCCUGUGAAAAUCGUGAAAAAUAGUGCGAUUUGUUUGGGAACGGUGCAAACAAGUGGACGUGAGUGUUAUUCGGUCGGUUUUGAUUGGCGACAGUGAACAAAUUACGGCGGAAAUCUGCCCCUCUGAAAACAACAUUACAUUCACUCUCCUGGCGAGAAAGGCUGCUGCUGAAUUUAGGGCGCCCUCUUGGCCUUGAUCGCGCUGUGCGAAUGGGACGAAGCUGGUGGUGGCGUAAGUAUGAGCCAUCGAAACAACGAUAAUAACGUUCCGUGGAACAAUCGGAAUCCACGCAACGGGGGUGGCGAUGGGAACUACAAAGGGGGCGGUAACUGGGCAGGGAACAAUCGGUACGGACCGGACAACCGAUACAACAACAACAAUAAGGAUCGCCGGAACAACUAUCGCGGUGGCGGUGGAUAUGGUGGGGGUGGAAGAAGGAAUUACGACGACCGCCGUCCCUAUCGGAACAAUUCGUGGAACAAUAAUAACGGUGCACCGGAUGGGAACUAUCCGCGGUACCAGAACAACUGGCUCCAGAAGGGGCAUCCGGAUAAGGGAGGCAAUAAGUACGGCAUGCAACAGCUGCCGGAACCUGUCGACAUGAUGCAACAGCAGAUUCCACCUUUGAUGAUUGAUUUCGGUGAAAGCGUUCCGGAGGAACCGGAGCAAAGCCAGGGAAAGAAGGGGCCAUCGGGAAGCGGCGAUGCCGAUGGACGAAAAUCACGGAAUGGAACGCCUGACAGUGCUGCUCGAUCGGAGAGAAGCAUGAAUGAGAGCAACGGGAACAUGCCAUGGCAGCAAGACGGGUUCGGCAGUCCUGGGGAAGGAUUCCAAGGUUUUGCGGAAGAUGAUUUCGCGAAGACAUCGAACGGGAACUCGAAAGUCGACGCUAAGUCAUCAACCGCCCGAGAGGACAAAGGCGACGUGUCCCUGCCGGAGAACGAGCUCAGAACACUCAUCGUUGACGAAGCGCUGAAAAUAAUUUCAGACGCCGAGCAGCCAUCCUGUUCCAGCGCCACGCAAAGAGAUUCCUCCGAAGCGGCCCCGACUGCGACGGCUCCCUCAGCUUCUUCCAGCAUCGCCAACACAACCACCAACCCGGAACGCCGUGCUUCGAUUGAGCGAAGUGCCGAGCAGGUGACGCGCAAGCUCAUCAACCAGCUCACUUCGAUGAACAAGCACAGUCUGAAGCAGGUGAUCAACAACCCGGACAGCAAAUACGAGACGGCCUUGAAGACCCACGCCCGGCAGAAGCUCCGUGCGGAAGUCCGACGACAGUUGAGGAACUUCAAUUUGAACGACAGCACGGCGCAAACGAAGACUUCCUGCGGUAUGUUGGAGCCGGACGAGUGCGUUGAUUCGGACAAGAUUCCGGAAGCGCUGCUGGAGCAAAUCGGGAAGGUACUGGAUCUGAAUUUGUUGGAUUUGAAUGUGACAGAGGAAUCAGUUCGAGAGGCGACCCCAGCAGGUGAAGUAGAAGAUAGCGUGAUUAGCUCAAACGAAGCGGAUUACUCUGCGACGGAAGUGCUGGACAAGAACCUUCGACUGACGGACGAAGAUGAGCAGCUUGAUACGGUUGAUCUGUUUGAACGUGCUGAGCUGCUGCUGAUGAAGGGAAGUGAAUCCGUCAGGCAAGGUAGCUCUUCGGGUCCUAGCUCUCCUACGGAUGAAAUGUUUCCCAAUGAGCAAAUAGAUUCGAUUGUUAGUGAGGAUAAUGGAGAGGACAUGGGGGAUCUUGAUGGCGAUCCCGACCAGGAGCAGAUUGAGAAGAUGUUGGAUGAGCGCUUGGCUCCUAAUUUCCCUUGCUUUUUGAGAGUCAGUACGGUGGAAGAGCUUAACAAAAAGGUGGACGAUUUGCCUGUUCCGAUAGAUUCAUCAGCGGACGAUACCGUUCCUAUUGUAUUACCGACGGUCGAGUCGGAGAAUAGCUCGUCCAAUCCGGAGAUUCCUUCGGAAGUCGUUGAUACUCCUUCGGUUGCCGUGGAGCAACCUGAACCUCCUCAAAUUGCACCAGUUGAGAUAUCUGUCGUCAACAUGACCGAUCAACCAGAUUCGAUUGAAAAUCCUCUGCAACCAUCCAAGGAGGAGGUCGUUGAGCCCUCAUUGCCUCCUAAAGAAGAGGUCGUAGAGCACUCAUUGACUCCCAAGGAAAAUGAUGUUGGACAACCUCCAGAACCAGUGACCCUAUCCACGGAACCGGUAGUAGAGACACCUCCAAUAGUAGAUACACCCGUUGAAGAAGCGCCAACACAAGCCGAGAUACCACCCACUAUAAGUUCGCCUGAGAAAGCAUCUCCUCCUGAACAACAGCCCAGUUCCGGAAUAAUCAGAGCUCCAACACAUCCGGAACUGGCCGCACGCAAGCCCAAGGGCUCCAAAACCUACAAACCAAAUCUCGUCCAGCACGAACACUCCAAACGCAGCGACAGUGCCAAGUCAUCCACAUCGUCACCGUCGCGACCUUCAUCCUCUUCAUCCAGCAAUGCAACGUCUUCUUCCUUAAAUUCCAAAGCAACCACCAAAUCCGGAAGCUCUUCGAAUCUCACCACCUCAAGCAAACAGAAUCAGAAACCCCAGAAUAACAACAAUAGUAACACCACCGACAAGAAUGAAUCCACCGGAAGUAGCAACCGGGGACGAAGUAGAAGCAGGCGGGACAAUGCCACCGCUCAAAGCCUCAAGGACAAUUCCUCACAUGCGGCCAGCUCCAGUGAUCCAUCUCACCCCAGUGCAACACCCCCAUCUGCUCCGCCGUCAACAUCCGCUGGAAGUUCUCCAGCCCCGCAGCAGCAGCAACAACAACAAUCCGUACAGCAGCAACCGCCCCCCACACGGUCCGGGAGGGCCAAAACACCAGGACCUUCGCUAGCCGGUGGACCCCAAGAUCACUCGUCUCCCCUCGGGGUGAAGAAGAAAAAAAAGCGCAACAAGCGGAAAGAUCGAUCGCCACCGCCCGACCUGGCCAUGGAGCUUGAAUGCGAUCUGCGGAUUUCGCGCCCGGCGGUAACGCCCACUCCACCUCCGGUGCAACAACGUGACUCAACGCCAGUCAAGAAGAGUGCGGAAGCUGAGCGUAGUGCUAACAGCAAUAGCAGCAGUAGUACCAGCAGCAAACCUUCUCGAGAAACCCGAGCCAAGUCGGCCGAUCCGAAGCUCUACUAUGAGUCGAAGAAGGAGCGCAAUAAGGACAAGCAACGGAGCCGCGAUGAUGACGGGAGGAAAAGUAGAACCAGGGACGACCGGACGAAGGAUCAUGAUAAAAAUAGGGACAAGGUGGACAACCGAGACAGGGAAACUAGGAAAGAAAAAGAACAGGAAAAGGACCCAGGAGAUGGACUCACGAAGGUGGAAGUGGUCGAAGUGGGGAAACCAUCGGAUCGGAGCGAACGGAAAGAGUCACCGGUGCCUAAAUCAUCGGGCAAAUCGGAACGGCUUGCCAAUAAAGAGGAACCCAAGGAUACGGCCAAGGAAGCUGCCGCCGUAGAGAAGGAAAAGGAAACAUUGAAAGAGAGCGUUAAGGAUGGGAGAGAUUUAAGGGCGAAGGACAUUUUGAAGGAGAAAGAAAUUUUAUCCAAAGAUAAGCAAGAGAAGGACGUUCCGGAUGAUAAAGAAUCUAAGGGAUCAGAUGAACCGAUGGCAGUAAAAGAUGCAGCUGAAAUUCCUACUGAGCAGACUAAGCCAUCAAAGCCGGAGAAGAAGAAAAAGAAGAAGAGUUUGUUGAAGGGUCCCAACUUGGUAAAAGGUCGGCGAGAGGUGAUAGAAGAACCGGAACCUGUUAUUGCUGACGAACAAAAGGCGGAAAAUGUUGAAGUGGUGGUGGUCAUUGAGGAUACGCCUCCACCGUCAGUCAGUCAAUCAAGCGAUCCGGAGACACAAACACAAACAAAGAACAAGCAGAAUGACGUUGCAAUAAACUCAAAGUUUACUACAGCACCUGCUGAACAUCCUACGGUCAUAGCGACUUCGACAGCUUCAAUCAUUCACAGAACGGCAUCACCACGGCCAUGGAAAUCACCAGGCGAAAAGAAACUGAUUCCACCAGCAAUUAGUUCCAUGAUUACUCAUCACCCCAUGUCUCCACCGGACCGAUCUAGAUCAAUUCCCACGCCCACUCCGCCGUCGCCAGUGAUGUCACCAGAACCACCACCACAUCAUCAUCAUCAUCAGCAUCACCAUCAUCAGCAACGUAUCCACCUAGCUGCCUCACCCGUGGUCAUGCCACAACCGGAUGUGCUCACCCGGAUGCCCCUGCAGUCUAGUAUCACUCCGCUAGUGGCCACCACGGUAGCACCACCGGUGAAUACCUUCGCACCGGUGAUGAACCUGCUGAACCAGAUGCAAGAGAUUGACAACAAGAUGAGCGAAUUUCAGCGCCGGAAGAUGCAAAUCGAUAGCGAAAUGAUGCGCCUGAAUUCGGAGAAGUUCCAGAUCGAUCAAAAUUCCAUGCAGCUCCAGAACGAAAGAUUUAUGUUGUUGAACACUCUGCGGGCUGCUCUGGUAGAAUGUGAGCUGACGACUCUGGCAUCCAGGCAGAGCGUCGCACACAUGCCAGCGGCCGCCAGCAGUCCGGUUACGUUGGGCAAUCGACGCCGGAAUGCUGAUUCGGAACCGGAAUCUGCUCCUCGAAAUAAGCGAAGGAAAGAUACCCAGCAGGAUCUGAUGGUAUCUGCUCUGCCUCAAUCGCCCUAUCAACAAGUGCCAACAACUUCAUCGGCCACGGAACUCUCGGAACCGGAAGAAACGGUCAACCCCGGGUGUGUCACGCCCGGAACUGGUGAGCGAACCAUUCGUCGAAUAACUAAAAUCAGUGGAAACACUGAAAUCUUGAAGCUGUUCCAAAGAAGGCGUCUCAUCUCGGAUCGGUCCACCGAGGAGAGCCAACCGGAAGAUAAUGUGGCCAGCACAGCGCCAACGGAGACUGUGACGACGGUAGUUGACAAACCCACUGCACCUAAACGGCGAAGAACUCGCACUUAUGGGGGCGGCGGCGCCAGUGGAAACGUCGAUCCGAGCGAAGGCCCCGGAGCCGUCAUUCGGUUACGAAGCGAUUCCACCAGAUCCGUUGAAUCCGGAAAAUCAAUUGAAAUUAUUGACCAUCCGGUGGCACCGGUGGUGGCGGUUCCUCCGCCGGUGGUCGCUACAGCAACCAGCCGACUGAAGAAGGACGAAGAGAUUCCCCUGGGCAAGCAUCGGGAUGUUUUGCCUCGGCAGGUCAAAGUGGUGGUCAAUAGGAUCAACGUGCCGACCAGAAGCAAGCGAGCAGGUGCGAGCGAGGUCCUUUGAUUGGUGCAUCGAAGGACGCUGCGAUCGGCUCGUCCCGAGAAGCAAGUCAAUGACGAAUUUCAUUAAUAAGUAGGUUUUUCAAAUACUUAUAGCCAUUUCCUCCUUUCUUUGUGUUCGCCUGGAGAAUCGAAUGCGAACACGUUAUCAAACCACAACAUUAUACAUAUACUUUUCCUCUGUCAUCAUGAACUAUAUAUCUAGGAACAAACAAAAAUGCCUUGAAAAAACAUUGAAAAUGCAAUUCUUUUCAACCGAA